AUGGCCCAGCCAAACCCCUACCUCUUAGCUUGCGACAACCCCACUGCGCUUUUGGAGCUGCUCCGGGCCAAUCCCUCGAUCGCCUCAUGCCAGGACGAGUCCGGCUACUCCUUGUUGCACGCCGCUUCCUCCUACGGCCAUGUCGACCUCCUGCGCGCGCUAGUGAAAGAAUUCCACGUCGACGUCAACCUCCUCGACGAAGAUGGCGAGACAUGUCUAUUUGUGACCGAGUCUCCCGAGAUCGCCCGCUGUUUGAUCGAGGAAUUGAAGGUGGACUACAAUAAGAAGAACAGCGAGGGUUACACAGCAGUUGAGAAGAUGGAGGCCGACGGGGAAUUCCCACAAGUCACUGCCUACCUCCGUGAAGUCGUCGGUGGUACUCCGGCUGAGACAGACUCUGGCAUGUUGAACCCCCCGCCGCGCAUUCCUGAUAGCGAUAUGCAAGUCAAUAUCGGUACUAUGACCGAGGAUGAGGCUACUGCCGGUGCGAGUGAACCUGACCCUGAGUUCAAGAGGCGUAUUGAGGAACUUGCGACUCGGGAGGACUACUGGAGUGAGGAGGUGCAGAAUGAGGUUCGCGAGCUGGUGAAGGAUGCCAUGGCUGGCUCUAAUAUUGAGGCUAUGGAGCGGGAGCUGCGGAGAAGGACUGAGUAA